AUGGGUGACAGGGCGAAAUCUUCGACCACUAAAUCGGGCUUGCCAGCCAGCAGCAUUGGAAGCAAUACCGAAAGCAAUGAACGUAUACUCACUGGCAGCCAUGAAAACAAAUCAGAAAUUCGCGACUCAGACUCGCUAGUCAACGCUCGGUCUCAUGUAUCUGAUAUCACUGACGAUUACCCCGAGAAGAUCAAUGAGCCCGAAGCACCGCGACCUUUGACGCGCCAAUACACGGAACUUGGACCACCCAUUGUGGUGCCACGACUGAAACGAAGAGGACUUUUUGGCCAACUGACUCUCAUCGCGGAGGUCGAAGACCCGAGGACGUAUUCUCGAAAUAUGAAAUGGUUCAUCACCUUUAUUGUUGCAACAGCAGGGGUAUUAGCACCAUUGGGAAGCUCAAUUUUCUUUCGUAAGCCUUGUGGCUUUAGUCCUGCCUCCUCUGAUACUGACCGAAUUCCUUGCCCAGCGUCGCUCUCCCAUGUAUCCAAGGAUUUGAAUACAACGCCAACCUUGACCAACCUUUCCAUCUCCUUAUACAUGCUGGCCAUGUCAAUUUGUCCUCUGUGGUGGUCAUCCUUCAGUGAACGGCUCGGGAGGCGAACGAUAUAUCUUACUUCCUUCGUUCUUUUCGUGAUUUUCAACAUUCUUUCUGCCAUUUCCGAUACAAUCGCGAUGCUGAUCGUUAUGCGGAUGCUUAUGGGCGGCGCCUCAGCUUCAGUCCAAGCCGUCGGCGCUGGGACCAUUGCAGACUUGUGGGAUGUGCAUGAAAGAGGCCAUGCAAUGAGCAUUUUCUACCUGGGGCCUUUGUGUGGACCCUUGCUGGCACCCAUCAUUGGCGGUCUUCUGGCUCAACGCUGGGGUUGGCGCAGCACACUAUGGUUUUCCGCCGUCCUUGGUGGUCUCAUACUUAUAUUCAUCCUUUUUGCUCUGCCAGAAACGUUGACAGUGCAAAAGCAUACAUUGCUCCCUAUCGCCCAGGAUGAAGAUGCCCCCAUCAGCCGCCCACCCAGUCGCGCGUCGACUCAGCAAGUAGCCAAAUGCACCACUAAUUGGCUGAAGUUCUUGAAGACAAACUUAAUCGACCCUUUGAAAAUAGUCUUCUACUUGCGGUAUAUUCCCGUGCUUCUGAGUGUAUACUAUGGCAGCAUUGCCUUCGGAUCUCUGUAUGUGUUAAACGUCAGCAUUGAAGACACAUUUGGUAAACCACCAUACAACUUCGAGACCGUGAUCAUCGGCUGCCUCUAUAUACCGAAUUCUUUAGGCUACUUCAUUGCCAGUAUAUUUGGCGGGCGGUGGAUGGAUAGCAUCAUGCACCGGGAAGCGAAAAAGGCAAAUCGAUAUGACGAAAAAGGGAGAUUAGUAUUUCAUCCAGAGGAUCGCAUGCGCGAGAACGCUUGGCUCGGUGCUUUGCUAUACCCUGCUGCUCUGAUCUGGUAUGGUUGGACUGUAGAAAAAGGAGUUUCCUGGCCGGCACCGAUCAUUGCCAACUUCUCCUUCGGUAUCGGCUCCAUGAUCAUCUUCAGCAUGGUCACUACCAUGCUUACCGAGUUCAUGCCCAAGAAAUCAUCUAUCGGAGUGGCCCUGAACAACUUCGUGCGGAAUAUCUUCUCUUGCGUUGGCUCCCUUAUCACAGCUCCCCUCAUCAACGCCAUUGGCAACGGCUGGCUCUUUACAAUCCUUGGACUCAUUGGUUUCACUAGCGCCCUUGUGAUUCUUUUCAUGAAGAUUUACGGCCCUCGUUGGAGACUGAAGAUGGACGAACGCAUGAAUUGA